AUGGAAGUCAGAGACCGGCUGGAGGGACGCAAGGCUGAGUGUGGGGUGGGACUGCAAAGAAGGGCAAGGAUUGCGGCGUUGGGCCACGAACAUCAGCGGCGGCAAGACACAGCCGGCUUAAACUGGCGUGUGCGGCGCUCGUACCCGGCCGAGCUUCCGUCCCUUGCUACGCCCCACGCACGCACACGCGCUUCCAAGACGCAAGAGGCGGUGCUCGCCUUAGUGUGGGGAACUGACGUAUUGAUAGAGAAUACUUCACUCACUGUCCCAAUCCUGGAUGUCCUUUCUAGCCUCCGACUUGACCCAAACUUCCUAUUGAAGAUUUUUGACCUGAUGAUGCUUUUCAUCAUCUAUAGCAGCAAUACUCAGACAAAGAAGUAUAUUGAAAUGCUAAGAAAUAAGAUUCAAUCAGGCUGCAUUCAAGAACAGCUGCUCCAGAGUACAUUCUCUGUUCAUUACUUGGUUCUUAAGGGUAUGUGUUCAUCCAUUCUGUCUCUGGCUCAGAGUUUGCUUCACUCUCUAGACCAGAGUAUAAUUUCAUUUGGCAGUCUCCUAUACAAAUAUGCAUUUAAGUUUUUUGACACGUACUGCCAGCAGGAGGUGGUUGGUGCCUUAGUGACCCAUAUCUGCAGUGGGAAUGAAGCUGAAGUUGGUACCACGUUAGAUGUCCUCCUAGAGUUGGUAGUGUUAAACCCGUCUGCUAUGAUGAUGAAUGCUGUCUUUGUAAAGGGCAUUUUAGAUUAUCUGGAUAACAUAUCUCCUCAGCAAAUACAAAAACUCUUCGAUGCUCUCAGCACACUGACAUUUAGCAAACAGAAUGAUGCCAGCAGCCACAUCCAGGCCUCUGCACUUUACUGUGAUGAAUUUGCCGACCUGAUCCAACAAGAAAAGCUGGAUCCAAAAGCCCUGGAACGUGUUGGGCAUACCAUCUGCAAUGAUUUCCAGGAUGCCUUCGUAGUGGACUCCUGUGUUGUUCCAGAAGGUGACUUUCCAUUUCCUGUGAAAGCACUGUACGAACUGGAAGAAUACAACACUCAGGAUGGGAUCAUCAUAGACCUCCUGCCGCUGCUGUUUUCUCAGGACUUUGCAAAAGAUGAGGGUCCGGUGACUUCACAGGAAUCAGGCCAAAAGUUGUCCACCUGGCCGGAGGUGGCCACUAUCAAGCCGCUUGGCCUGGACGAGCAGCAGUGCUCCCAGAAGGCGGUGGUGCAGGCCCGCCUGACCCAGCCUACCUGCCUCACCAGCAUCAUCUUCACAGAGGACAUCAGUAAGGGCUGA